AUGGAGCUUAAAUUAGUUCAUGAGAGAAACCUAAAAUCACCUGUCUGUGAUCAGACAUUCAUCACAGACAAGUCUCUGUUAGUGCAGAUGAGAAACCAUGCAGAGAUGAGGAGUGGAAGAAUGCAACCACCAAUUCCAGGGAUGCAAAACAGCAUCUUUUCAGAUUCCGUUUGUUCCCUGGAAAGAUUCCGUUUAUCGUUGCCUGUAUGGUCAAAAACACGGAGGAGAUCACACAGGCCUGGAAAACAGAAGGCCCUGGCAGAACAAAACCUGCCACCAAAGAAGAGGAAGCUGGAUUCAUCUGUUUCGGAUGCGUCCGAUCCAAAUCCGGCAAACAGCGACGAGAUCGUAAAUCCGUCGGUAAUUUUUAGUGACGGAAUUAAUGAUCCGGAAAAACUGCACGUUUGUGACGUGUGCGAGCGGUGUUUUAAGAGCUACCAGGCUUUGGGAGGACACAAAGCUCACCAUAAUAAUAACAUGAAGGCUCGUAAAAUUCCGACAUCGAAAAAUUGUGAAAUUUACGAAGAGUGUUCCGAGGGGGGCGGUUUCGGGUGUCAUCGGUGCCCGUUUUGCGACAAGAGGUUCUUGAAAGGGCAGGCUUUAGGCGGCCACAAGCGGCACUGCCGCCGCCUGCAGACGAGAGUCUUGGGGUUUGACCUCAAUGAACUCCCACCUGAUUGGACAACAGGCUACAAAGUUUGA